AUGACUAGAAAGAAGGUGAAACUUGCCUUCAUCACUAAUGACAGUGCUCGAAAAGCUACAUAUAAGAAAAGGAAGAAGGGUCUUAUGAAGAAGGUGACUGAACUCACCACCCUUUGUGACAUUGAUGCUUGUGCUAUUAUCUACAGCCCUUAUGACUCCCAGCCUGAAGUCUGGCCUUCCCCGUUGGGAGUCCAUCGCGUGCUUGCGUAUUUCAAGACCAUGCCGGAAAUGGAGCAAAGCAAGAAGAUGAUGAAUCAGGAGAGUUUCCUGAGGCAAAGAAUCAACAAGGCUCAUGAACAGCUCAAGAAGCAAAAGAAAGACAACCGAGAAAUGGAGAUGGCGCGCAUCAUGUUCCAAAGCCUAACUGGUAAUAACUCUCUCCAAGGCUUGACCCUCUCAGACCUGACUGAUCUCAACUGGGUCAUUGACCAACACCAGAAAGAGUUACAACUAAGGAUGAAGAACAUCAAGGAGGAGGUUGUGAAGAGCAAGCACCAGGUGCAAGGGGUGAAGAAUAAUGGAGAGGGCAGCAGUAACAGCAUGGCGAUGAAGAGUGACGAAGAGGGCAGCAACAUGCAUGCUGCCAUGGGCAGGGAAGCUUUUGAUCACAUGCAUAACAUGGAGGCAAUGCAGUUCCAGAUGAUGCAGGUGCCGGCUCAGAAGGAACCCUUGUUCAUGGACCUGAUGAAUGCGCUACCUCCACCACCACAGCCACAUCCAGAUCACCAUCAACAUAUGGGAUUUACAGGGGAGGAUAUGAUGCUUCCCUUCGCAGAGCAAAGCCACAGUAUCAUGUGGCCAAAUCCUCCUCCUGCUAAUGGCUUUAAUUUUCCUUGA